CAUUACCCAUAUCAAGAUGAAGAUUAAACAAUUUGGCUCCUAGAAAGUGAACAAACAAAGAAACAAAUAAACAAAACAUGUCUGAAAAUAGAAAAACGUUGCCUUAGGAGUCGCAGCAAAAAAUAAGGGGACGUGGUGAAACCAAACCCAACAACCACCGAAAAAGAAAGAUGAAAAUUAAAAAGGGAAAAAAAUUAAAAAAAAAGAGGGAAGGAGGGGAGAAGGGGAGGAGGGGGAUCAAAAUCGAAUAGAGAAGGAGCAAAGGUUGGGGCGCUGCAGAUUGGGGGUGGUUGAAAGUUAAAAGCAUUCCCAUUUAAUAUCCAAAAGAGUGGGAGAAGACAUCAUUUCACAGGUUUUAAACACAAUUGGGUGACAAACUGUUUGUCUCUCACGCUCCCCCCUUCUGUUCGUCUCCCUGAAUGCCUUGCCAGUGUUCAGGACUAUCGUGGCGAUUUAUAUGCGGAGGAGCGAGGGAAAAAUAGGUUGGUGUUUUUAGUUUUAUGAUACAAGCGAUUUUAGGGUUAUGGUAACUAUUUGAACCACCAGUCCCUUGUUUUUUAUUUUUUUUUAAUAAGUAAAUUUUGAAUUAAAAAAUUUAUUCCUUAACGAACAAGAAACAAUAUUUGCUUUUCUAUUGCUUGUCCUGAUUUCUGGGUGAUUGUGUUAUGAAUGAUGAAAAUAUGCAGGUUGUGAUGGAUUUAUGCGAAAUGGAGAGAAGUUGGGGUGUAUCUUUGGUCAUUCACGAAUUAUGGGAUUAGUUAGUUGAAUCCAGCGUAUGAUCAUAUUCGCCACCUGUAUGCCACUCUCUGCUUAAUCUCCCAAGGGAAGAAUAAUUCUCAGGGGAUCUUUUGAGAGAAGGUGCCCCUGGCAUGCACUCCCUUCCGUUCUUACCUGUAUGACAUUUGUCAAAAUGGCUGUAGCAGUUGAUCAACACCACGGAUUCAGGCCAUUCAGCCGAUCCCAGAGAUGCAGAUUACAGUCCUACACUCAACUCGAUUACAGCAUACUUGCCCACUCCUUAACACAUGCAUUUGGUGAUGCUAAUUUUCACAAAAGCUUCUCCACCCCUUGUCUAUCCCUAACCACUGCAUUGGAGGAAGAUUUUGACACAAAUCCAAGGAUUGAAAUUGUUGGAGGCAGUAGGAUACCUAGGGUACAUGCUCUUGUGGUCGAGGUAGCCAUAGCUAUGGCGUCUGGUGCUGAUCUCUUGCCCGUGUCAAGUGGACUAGGGGGUGCCUACUACUUAUGUAGUCAAAAUGGUGACAGUAUUGCUGUGGCAAAGCCAAUAGAUGAAGAACCUUUAGCUCUCAAUAACCCUAAGGGCUUUGGGGGUCGGAUGCUGGGCCAACCAGGUUUGAAACGCUCAGUUCGGAUUGGUGAAUCUGGAGUUCGAGAAUUGGCAGCUUAUCUCCUUGACCACGGUGGAUUCGCUGGUGUUCCUCCCACAGCUUUAGUAAAAAUUUCCCAUGUUGCAUUCCAAAUUAAUAACAAUGCAGCCGGAAUUUCAGCUACACCUUAUAAGAUUGCUUCUCUGCAGCGCUUCGUGGAUCAUGACUAUGAUGCAGGAGAGUUAGGUUCUUCAGGCUUCUCAGUUGCUUCUGUUCAUCGUAUUGGAAUUUUUGAUGUAAGACUCUUAAAUCUUGACAGGCAUGCAGGGAAUAUGCUUGUUAAAAAGUACGAACUGCACAAUUAUGCAGUUGGGGUGGCUGAGCUUGUGCCUAUUGACCAUGGUCUUUGCCUUCCUGAGUGGCUUGAUGAUCCAUAUUUUGAAUGGUUGCACUGGCCUCAAGCUUCAGUUCCCUUUUCCGAGUUUGAAAUUGAGUACAUAUCCAAUCUUGACCCCUACAAAGAUGCAGAGCUUCUUAGAACUCAUAUUCCUUAUUUACGGGAGGCUGCUAUCCGUGUUCUUGUGCUAUGCACCAUCUUCUUGAAGCAGGCUGCUGCAGCUGGGCUUUGUCUUGCUGAUAUAGGGGAAAUGAUGACUCGGCAGUUCUGUGCUGGAGAAGAAAGUCUGAGUGCAUUAGAGAAUCUUUGUUUACAAGCUAAGGCUGCCAUGCCUACUACAGUAGAUGAGACGAAAGGAAAAAUUGGAGAAGUUGAAAUGUUUAAACUUGAAAACGAAAGUGAAGAAGGUUUGAAAGAGAAUUUGGAUCUUCCUCAACUCUUAGGGAGCCGUUCUGGAAUGAGUAAGCCACCCAUUAUGUCAAGGUUUUCAUCUGCAGGAUCAAUUACUGGGUUGACCGAUGCAUCUCUGUCUCCACUAUUCGAGGAAAACGAUCAUGAUAACGACGAUAAUGACAGAAAGACUAUGAUAGGCAAUAAUGGUAGUGAUGAUGAUGGGAGUACUAGUGAUAGUCGUAAGGUUGGGGUUUUGAUGAAGAGCAUGAGUUUCUCAGUACCUACCCACAAUUGUGAAGCAGGGGCAAUAUCUUUUGGAGACAUGAGUGGAGAUGAAUGGGAACUGUUCUUGGAUAGUUUCGAAAAGCUUUUGCCGGAGGUACUCGAGGGCACAAAGUCCCUGAGCUUGAAGCAGAAGUUGGGAACUACUACUUCCUGCAAGUUCUGAGAAAUUAAUAUUUUGUGGGAAAGAAAAAAAAGAUUUGAAAACAGACUUUGUUGCUUAUAUCUAGUCCAGUAUGAAGUGACUGUACAUUAUUGCCAAAUGAAGACGGUAGAGUAGUAGAUUGUAAAUAAAUAGAAUAGGUGCAACCGGAAAUGCGAUUGGCGAAACGCCAUCCUUUCUGUGUACCUGUUUUUGUGCUUCAUUAUCUUGUAUCGUUACCGUAGACUGACAUAGAAUUGGUUCUCUUGCAGAGAUGACUUGCAACAGAAUUAUUGACAUGUUCAAACGGUUGAUAUUAAUUAGUUUGAUAUAUUAAUAAUAUCAUACUUUCUUCU